AAGGCCUGAGGCUGUAGGUCGUCUUCUAUCCAAGCUGUAUAACUAAGCGGAGGGAAUCGGCGAAGCCUAAUUCUGACCUAUUCAGUCCACAAGCAGAAGUGUACAUUGGCUAAUGGCCUCCGUUUCCCAGAUUGUUCCUUCCUUUAAUUCUGUUUGAGUCUUCGCUUCUUUCAGCUUUCUACCCACUUCCCUUUUUCCUGAAGGCAAGGCUCAAGACCCCAAACCUGAGAAUUUAUUUUUCCUUUGGUGAGAACUCGAACACCAUGUCUGCAGAUCUCUUUUCAUCCACCAGUGAGGGAAGCCCUGGCUCAAGGCCCACUUUUAGGUGCAGCCAGAGGAAGAGGUUAAACUUGCUUCUGGAGAGAGACACUUCCUUUACCGUCUGUCCAGAUCUCCCUAGAACUCCAGUGGGCAAACUCCUCGGUGAUUCUGCAAACCUAAGCAUUUUGUCUGGAGGAACCCCAAAACGUUGCCUUGAUCUUUCGAAUCUUAGCAAUGGGGAGAUGUCUGCCACUCAGCUUACCACUUCUGCAGACCUUGAUGAAACUGGUAGGGAGAAGAGAGAUCACUUGGAUUCUUCAGGACCUCAGGAAAUACAGUUAACUGGGAUGAAUCAGCAUCAGCACCUUAUGAAGUACAGCUCAGCACAUUUGUUGUGCAGCACUCCGAAUACUUUGGACCAUGACCACAGAAAGAAAGAUGCAAUGUGUAGCUCACUUGCAAAUAAAGAAAAUAAAAACACUUUGAAGCCCUUGGAGUGGCGGGCACCCAGGAAACUAAGGUUUCAGAAGCGACCAGGGGGACCUUAUGUGUCUCCCCUUUCUCUGCUGGACAAUGGAAAUUUCAUGGAAAGUGAAAUGAAAGACCUGGGAAGUCCCAUUACUACAGUUCCAAAAUUGGAUAAAAAUCCAGAACAAGUAGAAGACCAGGCAGAGGAGAUUUCAGAUGAAUUGAUGGAAUUUUCCCUGGAUGGUCAAGAAGAGGCCAAGGCAUUUCUGAAUAGAAGCUGCUUAUAUCACUCUCCCUCGAUGCCAGAGAAUUUGAACAGGCCAAGACUGAAGCAGGAGGGGGGAUCUUCUCAUCUUCAGGGCUUAGGUCUAAAGAAGACGGUCUCUCUGUGUGAUGUUAAUAUGACUCAGAUGCUGGAGGAAGAUUCUAACCAGGGGCAUCUGACUGGUGAUUUCUCCAGGGUAUGUGUCCUGCCAACUGUGUCAGGGAGACACCAAGAUCUGAAGUACAUCAACCCAGAAACGGUGGCUGCCUUACUGUGGGGGAAGUACCAGAGUCUGAUUGAGAAGUUUUAUAUCAUCGAUUGCCGCUAUCCAUAUGAGUACCUGGGAGGACAUAUCCGGGGAGCCUUAAACUUGUAUAUACAGGAAGAACUACAUAACUUCUUUCUGAAGAAGCCCAUUGUUGCUUUGGACACCCAGAAAAGAAUAAUAAUUGUGUUCCACUGUGAAUUCUCCUCAGAGAGGGGCCCCCGCAUGUGUCGCUCUCUGAGAGAAGAGGACAGGGCUCUGAACCAGUAUCCUGCAUUGUACUACCCAGAACUAUAUAUUCUCAGAGGAGGCUACAGAGACUUCUUUCCCGAAUAUACGGAGCUGUGUGAACCACAGAACUACUGCCCUAUGCAUCACCAGGACCAUAAGGCUGAGCUGUUGAGGUGUCGAAGCCAAAGCAAAGCAUGGGAAGUGGAGCGGCAGGUACAGGAGCAGAUUGCUCUCCUGGUGAAGAAUGGAAGCCUAUGAUAAUCGGUCAGCCAGUGGCUGCUAAGGAGUCACCAAAAGACACUGUAGAAACCCUGAGAAGAAAGAGACCAUUUUCUAUGUGGCUAGACCCAAGAUUGUUAAAACAUGUCCACAAACCAACAGGAUGCCAAACUAAUGAAAUCCCAGGCCUGGGGAUUGAUUCGGUUUCGGUAGAGCUCCUGGCUGGUGGUUGUGUCCUGGAGCUGGCUCUGUAAGACUGUAGCCUUGGGUUGCAGAGAGAUUUCUGUUGUUUCAGGGAGCCUUUGCAUUCUUCCUCCCAAUUAGACUCAUGUUUUCCAUCAAGCCAUCCAGAUCUUGCUCUCUCCCUGAAGAGAAUUGCUCAUUUUCUUUCUCCAUAUUUUUCUUCAUCAUUUCCCUCUCUGU